AUGGCUAUUGUUAUUGCUCAACCCAACAAGUCGGACAGUUUGGACAGUUCUACCUCUGCUCCUUGUAACCCAAACGAGUGGGCCGCUUUGAUCUACGCGUGGGCGGUCUCGAACGGCUUGCUGAACACGCCGUGUACACUUUACGAAAUCGCACACGGAGACGAUACAGUACAAGAAUCAUUCUACGGUCUAGAGAAAGACGUGUUGGUGAAAGCACUCCGAAGCUUAGAAUUGCAACGGCGCGCACAACUGAUGAAUAUUGGUACAGAGUCAGAGGGUGUCAAGUUCCUGCAAUAA